AUGGGCCCGACGCCGAUGGCCACAGCGUCCCUCAGAGGGCCAACCGGAGGCCCCCUCGGUUGCCUAGCGACGACAGCGCAUGAAUCUCUUCUGCUGUCAACAGGGGAGAGGGCUGCCAUUCAUCCCCCUCCAGGAGCCUCGUCUCUCCUCCCCCCUUUCACGGCCCUGCCGUGCCGUCCGAAGGCGGCCUCUCCCCCUCUGCGCUGGACACGGGCAGCCAGAGCCACGUUUUCCCCACGGAGGGCCGCGGCUGAGGGGCGUCGGGCGCUGCGGCUCCGAGCCUCCUCUCGGGCCGCCCUGCCGCUGACUCUGCUCCUCGUCGGCGCCCGGCGGGCGGCCAGCCCUGCCGCUGACCUACGCGCAGUCCAGGGCAACGGACUACCCUUCCCAGGAUGCCGAGCGUCGGCCGUGGCAGCGGCUCGGCUAGGAGCGGCGGCGGCGGCGGCGGCCCGCGGCAGCUCCAGCGCUCAGAAGGGAGGCAGGCACCUGCUGAGGACCGCGCGCCGCCGAGGCUGCAUGGGGAGCCCGGCGGCCGCCGCCCGGCCUGAGCUCCGCGCCGCAGGCACCAUGAAGCGGCCCAAGGUGGGGCCUCCGUCCGCGGGCGGCGCCCCGGGGCUGCUGGCGCAGAAGGACCGGGCUGCGCCGGGGCGGGCCGGGGCCGGGGCCAGGCAGCAGGCGGCGACCGCGACCGAGGAGCGCCUCGCCUCGCCGGGGCCCGGCGCGGAGCCGCUGGAGUGCCCGCUGUGCCUGCUGGCCCAGCCGCCGGGCGCCUUCCCCGCGCUCUCGUCGUGCGCCCACCGCGCGUGCCGGAGCUGCCUGCAGCGCUACCUGCGCCUGGAGAUCCGCGAGCGGCGCGUGCCCGUGGCCUGCCCGCACUGCCCGGCCCCGCUCCAGCCGGCCGACGUCCACCAGCUGCUGCUGCCCGAGGCCGCCCUGCGCGACAAGUACGAGGAGUACCUGCUCCGGCGGCUGCUGGCGGCCGACCCGGCCACGCGCUGGUGCCCGGCGCCCGACUGCAGUUAUGCCGUCCUUGCCUACGGCUGUGCCGAGUGCCCCCGGCUGGUCUGCGGCCGCCAAGACUGUGGGGCGGCAUUCUGCUACCACUGCCGGCAGCUCUGGCACCCCGACUCCUCCUGCCAGCAGGCCUGGUGCGAAUGGCAGCAGCAGGCGCCUCCGGCAGCCACGGCUCUCUCCACGCAGCUGGCCCCGGGGGACGAAGAGGAGGAGGAGGAGACGGUGGCGGCGAUGACGGCAACUGCCCAGGACCUGGAGGCCAUCAAGCUGUGCCCCCGCUGCGGGGCCUUCAUCAUGAAGAUGGAUGAUGGGAGUUGCAACCGCAUGAGCUGCACUGUCUGUGGCUGCCUCUUCUGCUGGCUCUGCAUGCGAGAGAUCACGGACGUGCACUUCCUCAGCCCUUCUGGUUGCACCUUUUGGGGGAAGAGGCCGUGGUCCCGGACCCGGAAGGCCCUGUGGCGGCUGGGCAUGGUGCUGGGCGCGCCCAUGGUGAUCUCACUUGUGGCUGGCCUUGCAGUGCCGGUCAUCACCCUGGGGAUCCCCAUCUACACAGGCAAGAAGGUCUUGAGCCACGGGCGCAAGAGCAAACUGUCUGGUUGCCAGCAGUGCCUGUCUGUAGGCUGCAGCUUCCUCCUCUCCCUCUUUGUUUCUCCCGUCAUCACAGCCAUCACUGUUGGGGUAGGCGUGCCCCUGCUGCUCACCUACGUGUACGGGGUCGUGGUCCUCUCCCUGUGCCGGAAUCGCUGGGGGCGUGGGAGCGCCCAAAGGAAAGCAGGGGAGCACAGCACGACGGAACUGGAGAACUUCACCAAAUUGAACGAGCUGCUGGCUGUGCUUCCCACGCCCGGGGCGGCUGAGGCAGGGGGGCGACCUGGAGCCCUGCCCCUGCCCAGCAGAAGUGCCAGCUGCCGGGAGGAUCCGUGUCAGAAGGAGCGGGAGAGCCAGUCUGCCAGCAUGGGCGCCCCGACGGGCAGCACGCGGAGCCAAGCCCAGGCGGUGGCAUCACACAGGGGCGGGCUGAACGUGGUGCACGUGGAGAUUGAGGCAGAGCCACCAUCCGCCCACGAGCGCAGCCUCCGCAGCGCCGCCUCCGACGACCAGAGCUGCUCCGCCGAUUCCCCAGCCUGCACCAGCGAGAGCUGCAGUUUGGCAGGAGUGACUACAGAAUGAAGCCACGUCACCCACAGCCACCACGGACUGGGGUCGCCCACUGCAACGCCCAGCUUGCCUGCGCACCCCUCCUCCAGACUUGUGCCUGAACACCUUGCGCAACCCACCCCCAUCCCUGCUCUGCCUUCCGGUGCAAGCACAGCGCUUUGAGGCAAUAAAUUGCAGCUGACGGAGGAGC